AUGACAAUUCUCAUACGUGAGUAUAUUUAUUUUCAGGUGCAUGCAUCAUCUGUUCUUAAUUUGCUGCAGUCCGACAUAAAAGCUGCCUUAAAAUCUGCAUUUGGCACUUUGGAUGGUCCAUUGUCUGUCACUGAUUGGUGCAAAGGUCGUAGUCAAUCUGGUGAUGCUGAUGGAUUUUCUGCUGAAUCAACUGCAAGUGUAAGCGAAUGUAGAGAUUCUGCGAGUACUGUAACUCUUUCUGUUGGAGAGCCAAUGAGCCCAUCUCAGUCCUCUGCUGGUGGAUCGUCUAGCCUUAAAGACGGAACUAGAAUGGAUGAGACAAGCGAAAGGAGAUCAAACCAGGAAAACUGUAUAUCAGAGUCAGAACAACAACUGGGCUCGCGACUCAGGCCUUCAUUAUUUGUACUUCCAUUUCCUGCUAUACUUGUGGGGUAUCAGGACGAUUGGCUCAAGACGUCAGCGGGCGCUCUACAACUGUGGGAAAAGGCUCCUUUUGAACCCUACGCUAUGCAGAAACAUAUGACUUACUAUGUGGUAUGCCCAGACAUUGAUCCAUUAACUGCUGCUGCUUCUGAUUUUUUCCAACAACUUGGAACUGUUUACGAGACUUGCAAAUUGGGAACCCAUUUGCCUCAAAGUGUGGGAAAACAAAUGGAGAUGGACUCUGGUAAAUGGUCAUCUUCUGGUUUUGUUCUGCUUGAUGGCCCUCAAUCCAUGAAGAUAGAAAGCAAUAGUGCAUCUUUGGUGGGAUCAAUCAGUGAUUAUUUUCUAUCUCUGUCCAAUGGUUGGGAUUUGACAAGCUUUCUGAAGUCUCUUUCAAAGGUUCUUAAAGCUUUAAAACUUGGUUCAUGCUUGACCACAAACCCAAAAGAAGGAAUUAGUGGUCCUUGUACGGUAAGUCUUUACGAGACUUGCAAAUUGGGAACCCAUUUGCCUCAAAGUGUGGGAAAACAAAUGGAGAUGGACUCUGGUAAAUGGUCAUCUUCUGGUUUUGUUCUGCUUGAUGGCCCUCAAUCCAUGAAGAUAGAAAGCAAUAGUGCAUCUUUGGUGGGAUCAAUCAGUGAUUAUUUUCUAUCUCUGUCCAAUGGUUGGGAUUUGACAAGCUUUCUGAAGUCUCUUUCAAAGGUUCUUAAAGCUUUAAAACUUGGUUCAUGCUUGACCACAAACCCAAAAGAAGGAAUUAGUGGUCCUUGUACGGUAAUCUAUGUGGUGUGCCCUUUCCCUGAGCCUAUGGCAGUUCUACAGACUGUUGUUGAAUCAUCUAUUGCUGUUGGAUCUGUCAUUCUUUCGUCAGAUAAAGAAAGGAGAUCUACAAUGCAUUAUCAAGUUGGGAAGGCAUUAAGCUGCUCGACAGCUGUGGAUGAAGCAUAUGUAUCAAAUGUUCUAACACUUUCAGGGUUCAGUAUACCUAAAUUGGUGUUGCAGAUUGUUACGGUUGAUACCAUUUUCAGGGUUACAACUCCAGCUCUUAGUGAACUUGUCAUACUUAAGGAGAUUGCUUUCACCAUUUACAAUAAAGCUCGAAGAAUUUCACGAGGAUCCUAUAGUGAUGUGGUUCCAUCAUCGUCCCUAUCUAAUAGAUCUUCUUCAGUCAUGAUGCAAAUGUCUUCUCCAAUUCCAGGGAUGUGGAAGGAUUGUGUUGCUUCUCGUAUUGGGGGACCUGCCCUUCCCAGAGAGGGUGACUAUGAUGCUAGCUUGAGGGCUGGUGCUUGGGAUAAUUCUUGGCAAAUGUCAAGGACUGGAGGACUAGGACACAACCCAAAUUUUCUUCCAGAUGAAAUUCGUUUCAUGUUUGAACCCCUUUUUAUUCUUGCGGAACCUGGUUCCCUAGAGCGUGGAGUUUCACCUCCUGUUUUUGGGAAUCUAGCAUCUGAAUCUUCAAAGCUGUUGUUGGAUGAUGGUACUAGUGGCAGCUUUAUGCAGAGUUCAAUUACAUCAGGAAGUGUAGAUAGUGGAACAAGCUUUCAUUUUGAGGGAUCGGAGUCGGAUGGUUUUGGAUCUGGCCACCAAAAGACACUUGCAAGCCUACAUUGUUGCUAUGGUUGGACUGAAGAUUGGCGUUGGCUAGUAUGCAUUUGGACAGAUUCGCGGGGAGAAUUGCUGGACAGCUCUGUAUUCCCUUUCGGUGGUAUUAGUAGUAGGCAAGAUACGAAGGGUCUCCAAUCACUUUUUGUCCAAAUUCUGCAACAAGGGUGUCAGGUUCUUCAGGCUUGUUCUCCUGAUACUGGCAUUGCCAAGCCUAGAGAUUUUGUGAUCACACGCAUUGGAUGCUUCUUUGAGCUUGAGUGUCAGGAAUGGCAGAAAGCUCUCUAUUCUAUUGGGGGUUCUGAGGUGAAAAAGUGGCCUCUGCAGCUACGAAGAGCUGUGCCCGAUGGGAUGCCUGCUAGCAACAGUGGAACUUCAUUGCAGCAACAAGAGAUGAGUUUAGUACAAGAGAGAACCCUACCUUCUUCACCUGGUCAUUUGUACAGUCCUCACUCAAAGGCUUCUGCUUUCAUGAAAGGUGGUUUGGGACAAGCCUCUGGUAGAAAACAGAUAAUGGGUGGUCAGACUAUGGUGGACACCUCUAGGGGUUUACUUCAAUGGGUGCAAAGCAUCACUUUCAUCUCCGUUUCAGUUGAUCAUUCUUUACACCUAGUUUGUCAUGCAGAUUCAACAUCUCCUGGUACCUACUUUUCUUGUUUUACUUUCUCAUUCCUCAUCCAUUCUCCCAUCAAAUUCAUUCCAUGUCCUGGUUUAGGGUUACAACACACUGCAUUUUUGUUUAACUAA